AUGGAGCCUUAUGUAGGAGCUAUUAUCAAGACAGAGCCCAACACUAAAGCUCCUCCUUGCCCCCGUGCUAAUUUCUAUUGUGAGCAUCCAGAGCCCCCCCAAGGAAAUACAAUAUGGAAGAAAAAACCGGUUCCUUACAAUAAUUGGUUUGUUGCUGUCCAUGGAUUUCUUACCGAUGUCAUAAUCAAGGAUGAUGACACAAAUGAGAUUGAAUUCUUCAAGGUUAUUGUUGAUUCAAUUGAAUUUCUUGGAGGUGAACCUUCCAUUGCAAACACGUCAAUUGUGGCAAAUAAACUUGAUGCUGCUUUACCGUCACCACGUUCAAAAGGAUUUGGAAAAAUGAAGGGCAAGGCACCAGCUACACCUUUGAAGCAUGAAUGA